AGUUCAUUUUUUUUCCGCACUUGUCGCUCAAGUCAAACGUCUCAAUGUCGAGCAACAUUGGAUAAACAGUCUUAAAUAUGUUAUAUUUGUCAUUAUAAAAUUGUCAGAUUAUUGUAAAAGUUUACUGCUAUAUUUAUUGGUUUCUUCUGAAUAAGCGGUACACUUAUCUAUACGAAAGUUAACCUCAAUCAUAUACAGGCAUGACGUCUGUCAAGUUAUUGGAAGAUAGGAUACUAGAAUUGGAAAAGCAGAUUUAUGGACUUGGGAAGGUAUUGCAGCUAGACGAUCCAUUACCAGAAACAUCUAUUACCGAUAAUCUCUUACAUACGAAUACAUUGAUCUCUUCGGCAUUAUCAGGCAGGGAAAAGAUAAAUGAGGCUAUAAAACGAUUACCAGAAUUGAAUAAACACUUAGAUAUAACUUUGGAAGAAUUAGAUAUGCCCAUAGAAGCUAAAUUGCAUUUAUUGCUACUUCUGGAGCAAGAAAUUAUUGAUAAUCAUAAAUAUUUAAAUGAAAUACAGGGAUUGAUGCCAGUUUUAGAAACAGAUUCUUUAAAAGAUGUUCCAGAAUUAUCUGUAAAACUUAAUGAAUUAUCUUUGAAACAAUUGAAGAUACAUGAGGAAGCUGAAGCGUUUACAAAAAAUAUGCAUUCUGUCUUCUGUAUGUAUAACGAUGUGAUAGAUAGUAUAUCUAAAACAUUGAUUAGCUUGGAUAAAGAAAUUACACGUGCUGAAACUAGUAAAAAGUAGAUAAGUGACAUUAGUACACCGUUAAUUUAUUCUGCAUUUCUGCGUUUCUUUGGAGUAGAGGUUACAUAGAUGAUUGUAAAGGUAUCGAGUUCAGGAUUACUUUUAUAUAUACAUAUAUAUAUAUACAUAUAUAUAUAUAUAUAUAUA